AUGCCACUACUGGACUAUCCUAAAGACGACACCGUUGCUGAUAACGGUUUUUCAGAAGAAGAAGAGACCGAUGAUUAUCUAGACACCGACCGAUUAUCUAAAGAAUACGCUAGCGAAGAAAGACUGCUAGCUGCUAAUCGAGCCCUCCAGAAAGAUCUUUACCAAGAGUAUCAUCUUUUAUUGCGACAGUUAGACCAUAUUAGUGUUCUGCAGAAGAUUCUCGCCCAAAAGAAGAACAGCCACAAGAAAAAGACUCUCUUAGUGCGCGACGAAGCCCAACUAGAUCCGAGCUCGAAAGAAGAAAAUCUGUCCCCCUUAGAGUCCCAGCGAAUUACCGAUUAUAUUGCUCAGUUCUUAUGUGUCAGAGGCCAACUUGGAAUUAGUCCGUUGGAUAAAGCCUGGGGAAUGUUAUCGCACGCCUUAUCUAAGCCAAUUCCUCUGUGCAUGCAGGUAUGGUACAGCCCCGAGAAUCCUCACUAUCUUGAUAGUGAAUUCACUGCCCGAGAAGACAAGGAAAUCAUUAGCCAAGAAGGGAAUUGGAGCACUCUUUGCCAGAAGAUGGCCCGGGCGCCGCUUACUAUUUAUGCCCGGUACAAGGACCUGCAGAAGAACCAACCGGUCUCGCGCUGGACAGAGAAGGAGGACAACCUCUUACGCGAAAUCAUUCAAAUGGAAGGAACCGGGAGUUGGGUUAGUAUAGCCACUAAAAUUCGGACAAAAAGUGCCCGGCAGUGCAUGUACCGGUAUAUGCGCGUGCUUUCCCCAGACAUCAAAAAGGGCAAAUGGACCGAAGAGGAGGACCAAGCUCUUUUGAAAGCCGUUGAGCUUUACAAGAAAGGUAAUUGGAAGAAGAUCAAGGAGCACGUCCCAGGCCGGAACGACUUCCAGUGCCGCGAAAGGUACAUGCACUCCCUAGACCCACAAAGAAACUGCAGUUCCUGGACACCCGAAGAAGAGAAACUCCUUCUAGAUACAGUUGCCCAGGCCGCAAGCAAAGACUGGGUCAAAAUCGCCAAGUUGUUCACCAAGCGCAGCGGCAAGCAGUGCCGCAUCAAGUACAACCAGCUCAUCAAAGAUGCCAAAUCAUAG